AUGGCUCCGGAUAGCCUUUCUGUACAAAACAUGGAGAAGAAACCCACUGAAAGCUUCAAAGAAUAUGCUCAAAGAUGGAGGAAUAUGGCUUCUCAAGUCCAGCCACCAUUGACUGAGAAAGAGACCACCGUAAUGUUCGUUAACACCCUGCAGGCUCCUAACUAUGAACGAUUGGUCGGUAGUGCCACAAAGAACUUCACUGAUAUUGUGAUUUCAGGAGAGAUGAUAGAGACUAUCGUUAAGCAAGGAAAGAUAGAAGGAGGUGAUGCGACACACAAGAAGAAAGGUGAAACUUUUAAGAAGAGAGAAGGAGAAGCCCAAGCCAUCACUUCGGGACAACCCCAAGGAGGAAGCUACAACAUUUAUCAGCCAUAUCCACCAUACCCCUAUUACCUAGUUGUGAAUAACACUUCACAAAGUCCAUACCUAUAUCCACCCAUGCCAAAUACCUUUUCUAACCUAUACCCAUAUGCUCCCAUCCAACGGACAUCUUACCCCACAAACAUCCACCCACCUACUUCCAUACCCGUUGCAGCUUCAACCACACAACAAACAAUACCUUCAAACAACCAUACUGCUAUAGCACCCUUAUACAUAGAGCCAUUAAAACCUCCAUUUUCGAGAUGGUAUGACGCUUCCGCCCAUUGUGAUUAUCAUUAUGAAAUCGAAGGUCACUCAAUUGAGAAUUGUAUAGCAUUCAAACAUAAAGUGCAAAGGUUGAUCAAGGCAGGAAUCCUAAAUUUUGAAAAGAAGCAGGAACAGAAUGUUAACAACAACCCACUGCCAAAUCAUGCUAGGGUAGGGGUAAAUGCAGUUGAAGGGGAGGUAUAUGUUAAAAGGAACAUUCGGGAAGUGGAAACCCCCAUGCAGAAAGUGUUUGAAGCCUUGGUAAAAGUCGAUAUGCUCGAGGUGUGGCCGGAAUGUUCUGAUGUGAAUGACUUAGGGAAUAUCCAAGGACCAUAUUGCUUGUACCACAAAGGAUGUGUGGGGCAUUUAAUCCAGGAUUGUAGUUUUUUCCGGAAGGAAGUGCAAAGAAUGAUAGACGAGUCAAGGAUUGAGUUUUAUGUGGAAGCUUCAAAGCCAGCAGUAAACAUGAUGUCUAAGGAACCCAUUCACCCAAGGAAGAUAAAACCUUUAACCAUUUUCUAUGAACCAAGAGGAGAGUCUAUGGAAGACAGAAUCCAUGCCAAAAUGACCAUCGAAGUCCCUAAACCUUUCCCCUACAAAGAUGACAAAGCUGUCCCAUGGAACUACAAUUGCAAUGUACAAGUUUCAAAAGCGGGGAAAUGGAUAGUUGAAUCUCAAGAUGAUGCUGCAAAUAUAACUGGUGUUGGAGGGAUUACCCGCAGCGGACGUUGCUAUACACUAGAGGCAUUGGAGAAUCUCAGGAAGGAAAAGGGAAAAGAGAAAGAGCAAAAUCUGAGAGAAGAAAAAGUGCAAUCUCAAGAAUCGACAGAUGGCUCAAAAGGACCGGUGACGGAAAAAGAAGUUGCCAACUCAGAACCACAUAGGAACUCUUUGAUGAGGAUUCUAAACCAAGCAUAUGUGGAUCACGACAUUUCAGUUGAAAAUUUGGACUACAUCAUUGAGAAUAUUUCAUUGGGUAACAUAAUAUCCUUUAGCGAUGAAGAAAUCCCUUCUGAAGGUAGGGGAAACUAUAAAGCCUUGUAUAUCACUAUCACGUGUAAAGGCUGUACUAUUGCAAAAGUACUGCUUGAUAACGGAUCGUCCUUAAAUGUGAUGCCCAUGAGGACCUUGGCCCGCUUACCCAUUAACAUGUCCUACAUACGAAAGAGUGAGAUGAUCGUGAAAGCCUUCGACGGAACAAGGAGAGAAGUAGUAGGGGACAUUGGGAUAUCGGUGGAAAUUGGUCCGUGUACCUUUACCAUUGAAUUCCAGGUUAUGGAUAUCGCUCCUUCAUACAAUUAUUUGUUGGGAAGACCUUGGAUCCAUAUGGUUAGGGCCAUACCUUCAUCUCUUCAUCAAAAGGUCAAGUUCAUCGUGGAUGGGAAGAUUGUAUGUGUUAAUGGGGAAGAGGACUUACUCAUAAGCAAGCCAACGUAUACUCCUUACGUGGAAGCGGCGAAAGAAGUGCCUGAAUGUUCCUUCCUAUCCUUCGAGUUUGUUAACACCACAUAUGUUAGAGAAGGAACCACUCCGCCUAUUCUGAGGCUUUCUAAAACCACCAAGAUGGUUGUCAAUCAGAUAGUAGGGAAAGGAUACCGAGCGGGGGCAAGACUGGGAAGAGAACUACAAGGCAUUAGAAGGCCCAUACGCGCUACCAAAAAAGAAGAAAGGUUUGGCCCGCGGUAUAAGCCAACUAAGAAGGAAAGAGAAGAAAUGAUAGCCGAAAGAAGAAAGGAAAGGUUGGCUCGCUUUAAGGGGCAUGAGUUGGAAAUCCAUGGAAUGACAUAUCCUCAUCUCUACGAGAUAUUUCGAUUUAGAGGCUGCAUCUUUCUUGAAUCACUCACUGUUGGGAGCCGAGAACUAGUGACUCCAAAUAAUGAUUGCGAAGAUGAUAAUGACAGUGGUUUUGAGGUUAAUUUUGAAAAAGGUAUAAGUGUCAGCGAACUUGACGAUACAGAAAACGUGGAGGAUUAUGAUUUAACUCCAGACUUGUUAAGACUAGUAGAACAGGAGGGAAGACAAAUUGUCCCACAUCAAGAGACACUUGUAACGAUUAAUUCGGGAAAUGAAGAAAAUAAGAAAGAAGUUAGAAUUGGUACGACGUUGGUGCCAAUUGAAAAAGAAAAACUAAUAAAGCUACUCCAUGAAUAUGUAUAUGUGUUUGCAUGGUCCUAUCAAGAUAUGCCAAGACUCAAUACAGACAUUGCAGCCCAUAAAUUGCCUUUGAAACCUGAAUGCAAACCAAUUAAGCAAAAGUUGAGAAGAAUGAAACCUGAAAUGCUUUUGAAAAUUAAGGAAAAGGUGAAAAAGCAGUUUGAUGCAGGAUUCUUGGGCGUAGCUAAGUACCUCGAAUGGGUUGCAAAUAUUAUUCCAGUGCCUAAAAAAGAUGAGAAAGUGAGAAUGUGUGUGGACUAUCGAGAUUUGAAUAGAGCUAGCUCAAAAGAUAAUAUUCCUUUGCCCCACAUCGACACCCUUGUUGACAAUACUGCCCAUCAUUCCAUGUUUUCCUUUAUGGAUGGCUUUUCAGGGUAUAACCAAAUUAAGAUGGCACCAGAGGACAGAGAGAAAAUUACCUUCAUAACUAUGUGGGGAACCUUUCGUUAUAAGGUAAUGCCAUUUGGUUUGAAGAAUGCUGGGGUGACUUAUCAACGAGCCAUGGUGACUCUUUUCCAUGACAUGAUGUACAGAGAAGUCGAGCUGUAUAUGGAUGAUAUGAUUGUAAAAGCUCACAAAAUAGAGGACCAUGUGACCAAUCUUGAAAGGUUAUUUAAGAGGUUACAAAAAUUUCAACUCAGAUUAAAUCCGGUAAAGUGCACUUUUGGAGUCACUUCAGGAAAGCUACUGGGUUUUGUCAUCAGUGAAAGGGGAAUAGAAGUUGACCCGGAUAAGGUUCAAGCAAUCCGUAAUUUGCCUCUUCCCAAAACGCAGAAGGAAGUUAGGGGAUUCUUAGGAAGGUUGAAUUAUAUAGCCCGAUUCAUAUCACAACUCACACUCAAAUGUGACCCGAUCUUCAAGCUCCUUCGCAAACACAAUCCUGGGGCAUGGAACGAGGGGUGCCAAGUUACUUUUGACAAGGUUAAAGAAUAUUUGUUGAGUCCGCCAGAAUUGGUACCACCUGUGGUCGGGAGACCCCUCAUCUUGUACUUGACAGUAAAUGAAGGAUCUAUAGGAUGUGUGUUGGGACAGCAUGAUGAAACUGGUAAGAAAGAAAGGGCAGUUUACUACUUGAGUAAAAAGUUCACUGAGUACGAGUCCAAGUAUUCCUCGUUGGAAAAAAUGUGUUGUGCUUUAGCAUGGACGGCGCAUCGACUCGGGCAGUACAUGCUAUAUCAUACCACUUGGCUCAUUACAAAGUUGGACCCUAUUAAAUACAUCUUCGAGAAACCAUCCUUAUCAGGUAGAGUGGCAAGAUGGCAAAUGUUGUUGUCUGAAUAUGAUAUUGUAUACGUGUCCCAAAAAGCUAUCAAAGGAAGUGCAAUCGCAGAUUUUCUUGUGAAAAGGGUGGAGGAGGAUUAUGAACCAAUGGAGUUUGAGUUUCUGGAUGAGUACUUGAUGUCAAUAUGCCAAACAAGUAAGAAGGAAUCAUAG